AUGAUGGCACAGUCGGUGCCUCAUCCGGCGACGGAUAAGAAGCGCGUCAAGGUCUAUGAGCUACGCAAUAACGACUGGUUCGACCGCGGCACUGGCUUCUGUAUCGCUACGUUUGCGACGACCGAAGAUGGACGCAAAGACCCGCGCGUCAUUGUCGAAUCAGAAGAUCAGCCAGAGCGUCUCUUGCUAGAGACCAAGAUCCAAAAGGAGGAUGGCUUCCAGAAGCAACAAGAAACUCUCAUAGUAUGGCAGGAUCCUGCUAGUGGCGUUGACAUGGCUCUGAGUUUCCAGGAGCCUGAGGGCUGUGCUAUGAUUUGGAGAUUCGUGAGCAAUAUUCAGCAAACGUUCCACAACAACCUUGCUGGCGGCGACGAUGGAUUGUCCGACGACCUUGCCAUGGAUGGCUCACACAGCAUCGGCUUACCCAAUCCCGCCCUUGGAAAGCUGCCCGAGAUCGAAACCAGCAUGCGUAUGAUCAGCACAACGGCUCACGGACGCGACUCCCUGGCCAAGUUUGUCAUGGCCGAAGACUACAUUGGCAAGCUGAUCCCGCUUGUUCAACAGGCCGAGGACUUUGAGUGCCUCUCGGACCUUCACAGCCUGUGCAAUAUUAUGAAGACGAUUAUCCUGCUAAAUGACACAGCCAUUAUCGAGCACGCCGUUUCCGACGAAAAUGUCCUUGGUGUUGUCGGCGCCCUCGAAUAUGACCCCGACUUCCCCAGCCACAAGGCCAACCAUCGCCACUGGCUCAACAGCGAGGGCCGCUACAAGGAAGUUGUUCCCAUUGAAGACGAGCUCACGCGCCGCAAGAUUCACCAGACGUAUCGCCUGCAGUACCUCAAGGAUGUGGUGCUGGCCCGAAUUCUCGACGACCCUACCUUUUCCGUGCUCAACUCACUCAUCUUCUUCAACCAAGUCGAAAUCGUCCAACACUUGCAGGGCAACGCUGCCUUCUUGGCCGAGCUGUUUGGCAUUUUCAGCUGGCCGCAUUCCGACGCCAAGAAGAAGAAGGAGGCCGUCCUCUUCAUCCAGCAAUGCUGUGCCAUUGCCAAGAAUAUCCAACCUCCUGCGCGCCAGAGUCUUUACAACAACUUCAUCGCCCACGGCCUGCUACAGGUCAUUCACUUUGGACUAUGCCAUAACGACGUCAGUGUCCGCGUCGGCGCCACUGACAUUCUCAUCUCCAUCAUCGACCAUGACCCGCAAAUGAUUCGACAGACCAUCUACCGACAGAUCCACGAAAACUCGCCCUCGCUCACAGACUCGCUCAUCGACCUGCUGCUGGUGGAAGUCGAUCUGGGAGUUAAGUCUCAGAUCUCCGAUGCCCUCAAGGUUCUCCUUGACCAAGGCCCGACGCCGGCGCAGCUGGCCGAAAGCAUGACCAAGGGAGCCAACGGCGAGGUGGCUCUACGCGGGCGACCUGCUCAGAGUGCAGAUCCCCAACAGGAGCUCUUCUUGACGAAGUUCUACGAACAGUCGGCCGUCAAGCUGUUCAAGCCGCUGGUAGACUUGGAGGGCCGGACCGACAUGGACUUUCCCGCACAAAAGGCGUCCAUGUUUAGCUACCUGAUUGAGAUUUUGUGUUUCUUUAUUCGACAGCACCAUCGCUUCAGCCGCUACUUUGUUAUGAACAACAAUCUGGUGGAGCGUGUCGCACAGCUUGUUUCGAGCUCGGAAAAGUACCUCAAGCUUGUGGCGAUUCGCUUCUUCCGUGCCUUGGUUGGCAUGCAGGAGGAGUUUUAUAUCCGCCACAUUGUUGAGAAGAAAGUUCUCGGCCCCAUCCUCGACGUCCUGAUUAUCACCUUGCCUCGCGACAACUUACUCAGCUCGGCAUCGCUGGAGCUCUUUGAGCACAUUAAGAAGGAGAACAUGAAGGAUCUCGUCAAGUUCCUUGUCAACAACUACCGCGAGAAGCUCGUCAGCCUGAGCUACCUACCGACAUUCCGCGAUCUCGUGCUCCGCUUCGACCAGACCCAAGGAUACACGUCCAACAUGGACUACUUUUUGGACGGCGAGGAGGACGUGGUGCGCCGCCCACCCACAAGCAUGCGCCUGAUGGACCAGCUCGGCGUCGACCCGCAAGAAGAGGAGUACUGGGAGGCAUCCGACCCCGAGGAGGAGCACGACGAGAAUGCAGAGGAGACGCGUGUUGUUCCCAGCAAUGGUCCCCCUGCUGGCAAGGCGCUUGUCGACUACGCGUCUGACGAGGAUGCCGAAGAAGCUGUCAUUGAUACCGAAGCCAACGAGGAAGCCAAGAUGGACGAUGCACCCGCUGACGAAGCUGCUGCUGCUGCUGCACCAACAACGCCUGCCGCAGCCCAAGACGACGCCAGCAACGCAUCACCGCCCGAGCGCCUUUCUGAGAAGCGCCGCCGGGAAGAAGACGAAGAUGGGGACGAGCUGGGCAAGCUCAUGGCCAACAAGCGCCGCAACAGCAGUUCCUCGGAUGCCAACUCGAUAGCGGCAUCCAAGCUCGGCACUCAGCGCCGGCGCAGCUUCACCGGCUCCAACAACAGCGGCAGCAGCAACGGCCCCAAGCGCAUCUCCAUCAACCUCUCCCCGGCCGUCAAGUCUGGCGGCAAUUCGCGUUCCGACGACGAAUCGUAG